AUGGCCUCCAUCACAUCUCCCCAUCUCAACGAGUUCUGGGAUGCAUUUACAAAGCACGAGGUUCUCAUCGUGAGCGGUGGAACUGGAUCUGGAAAGACAACCCAGAUCCCGCAGUUUGUGGCCUACAAGGCCCAACAAAUGAAUCUCCGUGGCCGCAUUGUCUGUACGCAGCCUCGAGAUUUGGCUACGGUCAAGGUAGCCGAACGAGUUGCCCAAGAGGCAGGAUGUGAACUCGGUACCCAAGUUGGGUAUCAAAUCCAUGGCGACGACAAGACAUCCGAGGAGACCCGGCUCAUCUACGUGACCGAUCGACUGAUGGUUGCCCAAGCCUUCAACGAUGAAAAUUUCAGCAAAUGCCAUACUAUCUUCAUCGACGAGGUCCAUGAAUGCAGCAACAAUAUCUACCUUUUGAUGGCACUGGCCCGGCGAGCCGUCAAAAAGCACAAUAUCAAAAUUAUUGUCAUGUCGGCGACAAUAAAUGUUGACAAAUAUGUCAACUACUUCAAAGACCACGCAACUGUGGCACAAGUUCACAUGCCAGGCGCAACGCAUAAAGUGGACAUUCGCUACCUGGGGGAAACCCCGCGACUUACAUCAUCUGGGCAUCCUGAUAGAAGCAACAUUGUGGAGGAGGCCUGCCGACUCGUGGCCAACAUCGUCCGAAACAGAUAUCCACCAGGCAAUGUUCUGGUCUUCAUGCCUGACGUCUUUGAAGUUGGGAUGACAUGCCAACUCAUCCGAAAGGAAAUCAGAGAAUUGGACGUCAUUUCUCUUCACUCGGCACAGCCAGAAGUUGCUCAAAACGCAAUCUUGAGCAGCGCGUCCACCAACAAGCGCCGCCAAUGCAUAGUUUCAACGAACAUCGCAGAGACGAGCAUCACCCUCCCCGACAUCGCUUAUGUCAUUGAUACCGGGUUAGAAAAGGUGAAGCGCUUGAUGGCCCGGACCGGCGCUUCUGAGGUUUUCCGACGUCCCAUCUCCAAGGCAGUUGCCAUUCAACGUGCAGGGCGCUGCGGCCGAACCCAGCCAGGAGUCUGCUUUCGGAUGUAUACGGAGCAAGAUUUCGAGAAGAAUCUUCGUGAUCAGCCAGAUGCUGAGAUUUCCCGAGACGAUGUUAGCGCAAUCUAUCUAAAGGCAUUGGCCUUCGGCUUUACAGCCGCGACUCUACCAUUUAUCGACCUUCCUCCCUUCGAGAACCUCCUAUACGCCAACGAACUGCUCCUUGAUCUUGGCUACAUCAAUGACCGGUUUCAGGUUACCAAUGCUGGCAAGCGUGCUGCUCAGAGCCCAUUUGAGCCCAACUGGACCUACGCCAUCGAGUUUGCCAAGGCGAGGCAUCCUCACCUCGCCCAGCACAUUGUAGCUAUUGCUGCAAUUUGCAGUUCAAUGCAAUCCAUCUUCCUAGCGGCAUCAAUGAGCCUUGCGCCAUCGUUCCUUGCGUCUACGGCGGACUCAAUGUCCGAUCUCAUUACCGAGCUAAAUGCUCUGUACGCAUUCGAGGCCGAGGAGCCCAAGCUACGAGGUGUCCGUGAACUCGAUCAAUGGUGUACCGGUCGAUCCCUCAAUCGCCCGUUGAUGGAGCAGAUCCUCCUACAGCGUGACUCGGCUAUCGAAACAAUGGGAAUCCGGUUCAACGACGCUCCAGAGGCUAUCAAUGGCCAAGAGGGAGAGAACAUCCGGAGGAUCCUGGCACGAACCUUCUUCCGGAACAUUGCACUCAAGAUCUCUUCCUCUGACGAGGAUGAGCGAUAUCGCACGAUUCAUGGAAACUUCGCGGCCUUGAUAGCCCAGGAAAGUGUGCUCAGCACUAGGGACCACCCUUGGGUCAUGUACGGGACCCUCCGGAUGGGGAGGAACAACCUCCUCAUGGAGAAAGUGACGCUCAUCGAGCCCGAGUGGAUCGCAGAUCUUCCUUUCUUCCAAGAUGACCGAAUGAAGAAGAAUUACCACGGUAAUUUCGUACAACGGCGGGUUAAGGAAGAAUUGGAUAGAAUCAGAGCAGCCAUUGAGAAUUAA